CGGCAAAUUAUAAACAAGGCACGUGUUGAUACCUGGCCAUUACAUCUACAUUAAAAUGUCGGAGACAUAUUUUACUGACUAUGAGGACUUGGAGAUUCAUGAAUUGAUGUUAAAGGAUCGGCCCCGGCAAAAAGCCUAUUUCGACGCCAUAACAAAUAAUAAGCAUUUGUUCAAAGAUAAAAUUGUUAUUGAUGUUGGUGCCGGAACAGGAAUUCUAUCUGCUUUGUGUGCGCAAGCUGGAGCCCGACUGGUCUAUGCUGUGGAAGCGUCGAAUACAGCAAAAAUAGCAUUAGAUGUAAUAGAAGAAAACGGACUAACGUCUAUAGUUAAGGUCAUACAUUCGCGAAUUGAAGACUUUGUUUUGCCAGCUUCGAGUGAGAAAGCGGACAUAAUCGUAUCUGAGUGGAUGGGGUUCUACCUUUUGCAUGAGAGUAUGCUGAAUUCGGUGCUAUUCGCCAGGGAUAACUUUUUGAAAGAGGACGGUAUUAUGUUUCCAAGCGAGUGCAGUAUAUUUGUAGCACCAUGCUCUGUCCCAAGUCUGUUUGACUAUUGGCAGUUGGUCGAUGGUGUCAAAAUGGAACGCUUCGGCGAGAAACUGCGUUUGCAGAAAUCUAAAAAACCAGAAAUUAUGCAGCUCAAUCAACAUGACUUACUACACGAAGGCGUUAUAUUGCAUUGGAUGAGCCUGCUGGACAUUAAUGCGGAAGAGCUGAAUGAGAUACGUUUUAAGGAAGUGUUAGCCACACAGACUGCGGGGGACCAUCAAGGGUUUUGUAUUUGGUUUGAGGUACGAUUCCCUGACGACUCGGUACUCAGUACAUCACCACUUGCUCCAGAGACGCAUUGGAAACAGUGUGUUAUUCUCCUGCCACAAAAUGCUUGCGAAAAGCUAGAGGAGAAAUCGCCUGUAGCGUUCCAAAUAUCAAUGAAACGUAGCGCCAAUGAUGACCGCAAAUACGAUUUGGAAGUGGAACUGCUCGACCCAAACACAGAAGAACAUCCUGUACCGUGCCCAUGCCAUAUGACAAAAUGUAUAUUAACCGAAGCUCAUUUAAAAAUGAUGGAUACUAGCUAAAAUUUAAUUAAAGUGGAAAAAAGUCAUUUGUUUUA